AUGGCUGAUGAAAGUGGAGAAUUAUUUCUGAAGAAUCUACUACCAAUGCUGUCUGAGAAUGGCAUCUGUCCUGCCUUCACAGAGAAAAUUUCUCCAAUAAUAUUUCUGGAUGACUUCUUUAAAAUGCAAGCAAAGUGGAACAACACUUUUGUAGAUAUUAUGCAAAAUAAAGCCAAUGCUGUUGUUGUCCAUGGGGAAAACAAGGCUAUGCUAUGUUUGAGAGUGCUGCUGCAUGAAGGAGAAAGUGACUCUAAGAAACCAUUUGGAAAAGUGUGGAUUAUGGCUUCCCAGUUGGAUAUAACAGCACUCCCCAUUUAUAAGGAUUGGAGUAUAGAAGCCUUCCAUGGAGCCUUAGCCUUCACAGCCCACUCACAUGAGGUGCCGGGUUUCCACAGCUUUCUUCAGAACUUAAGGCCUGAUUUGGCCAAGGGAGAUAGCUUCAUCCGAAUAUUCUGGGAGCAAGCAUUUGGCUGUUCAUUUCUAAGUUCCAGUCUUUAUGAGCAUGAUGAGAUAACCUGCACUGGGGAAGAGAGGCUGGAGAGCCUUCCUGGGCCUUUCUUUGAAAUGAGCAUGACUGGCCAUAGCUACAGUAUCUACAAUGCUGUCUAUGCUUUGGCAAAUUCUGUAAAUGCCAUGUACUCAUCCAGAUCCAUUCCUAGUGUAAUGGUAGCCAGAAGGAAGCUAGACCAUAGGAACAUACAUCCAUGGCAGCUUCAUCCUAUUCUGAGGAACAUCUCAUUUAACAACAGUGCUGGAGAAACAGUGCAUUUGAAUGAGAAUGGGGAACUGACCAUGGGAUUUGAUAUCAUAAACGUGAUAACUUUUCCCAAUACUUCCUACAGAAGAGUAAAAGUUGGAAAGAUGAAUCCUUGGGUUCUUCCAGGCAAUGAUUUCAGCAUUGAUGAAAGCGCCAUUACGUGGCCCAGAAGCUUUAAUCAGGUGGAAUGUGACUAUAUUCUUAUGUUGUAUAGGAUAAUUGAAGAAGGAGCAUUGGUGAUGCCCCUUUCUCUCUGCAAUGACAAGUGCCGUCCUGGUUAUCAAAAGAGAAAGAAGGAAGGGAAGCCAUUUUGCUGCUAUGAUUGUGUGCCAUGUCCAAAAGGGAAGAUUUCUCACCAGACAGACACAGUUUCCUGUUCCUCAUGCCAGGAAGAUUGUUAUCCAAACAAAGAACAAAAUCUGUGCAUUCCCAAAACAGAAACCUUCUUGUCUUAUGAGGAGCCAUUGGGGAUGAGUCUAGCAAUAUUGGCACUUUUAUUUUCUUUUAUCACAGCUCUGGUGCUACGAACCUUUAUAAAGCACCACAACACUCCCAUUGUCAAAGCCAACAACCGGGAUCUCACCUACACUCUCCUCAUCUCUCUCCUCCUUUGCUUCCUUUGCACAUUGCUCUUCAUUGGUCAUCCUGGGAAGAUGAAGUGUCUGCUCCGUCAAGUGGCAUUUGGCAUGGUCUUCUCAGUGGCGGUGUCUUGUGUGUUAGCAAAAACCGCCACAGUGGUUCUGGCUUUUAUGGCCACCAGACCUGGAAGCAGCAUGAGGAAAUGGGUGGGGAAAAGAGUGACUAACUCCAUUGUUCUUCUCUGCUCCAUUAUUCAAGCAGUCAUUUGCACUGUAUGGCUGGUAAUGAGUCCUCCAUUUCCAGAUGCUGACAUGAACUCAGUGGCUGAAGAAAUUGUAAUGGAAUGUCAUGAGGGUUCUGAGGCUAUGUUUUAUUGUGUCCUUGGUUAUAUGAGCUUCCUGGGUUUUCUGAGCUUCACUGUGGCUUUUCAGGCCAGGAAGUUACCUGACAGUUUUAAUGAAGCCAAGCUGAUCACUUUCAGCAUGGUGACCUUUUGCAGUGUGUGGCUGUCCUUUGUUCCAACCUACCUGAGCACUAAAGGAAAAUACAUGGUAGCUGUGGAGAUCUUCUCCACCUUAGCCUCUAGUGCUGGCCUGCUUAGUUGUAUCUUCCUCCCUAAAUGCUACAUUAUUGUGCUUAGGCCAGAACUGAACAAAAGAGAACAGCUAAUAAUGAGAAAAUCAAUCUAA